AUGGUUGAAUCCAAGCCCAUGCGUCAACAAAUGGAAGACUACAUUCGCUAUCUUCAAGGCCACAUCGUCUCCUCUCUCGAAAACCUCGACCCAAACGCUCCCCCCUUCAAGCGUGAUUCAUGGUUUAGACCAGAGGGCGGUCUAGGUCAAUCAUGCGUCUUCGCGGUACCUCCUCCAGAAGACGGUGACCAACGCCAAACUAGUCCAGAAACCGUACUCGAAAAAGCCGGUGUCAACAUCUCCAUCGUCCACGGCACACUACCUCCACCAGCAGUCAACCAAAUGCGUGCAGACCACCACUCCAUCCCUUUACCCGAAAACCCAACCGGUGGUCUUCCCUUUUUUGCCGCAGGUCUAAGCCUAGUCAUCCACCCCAGUAACCCUCACGCACCUACUGCUCACGCCAACUAUCGCUACUUUGAAAUCACACAACCCGCUGCUACCACCACCGAAAAAGACUCCAGAGAAGUCAUUGCCUGGUGGUUCGGCGGGGGUGCAGACCUCACUCCUUCCUACCUCUACGAAGACGACACCAUCCACUUCCACCAAACCCUCAAAACAGCCUGCUCCCAAGCCGGGUCACCAUCUCUCUUCCCAGCCUUCAAGAAAUGGUGCGAUCAAUACUUCACCAUCACCCAUCGUAAAGAGACCCGAGGAAUCGGUGGGAUAUUCUUUGACGAUCUCAACUCGGGCAAACAUUCCCGGUUACCUGAUGAUCGUGCCAAAUCGCCUGAAGAGAUCUUCAACUUGAUUAAAACUCUUGGAGACGCGUUUGUUCCUGCGUAUGUUCCUAUUGUUGAGAAACGUGCAAAGAUACCGUAUACGCCUCAUCAGAGGAGGUGGCAGCUUAUUCGGAGAGGGAGAUAUGUUGAGUUUAACUUGAUAUACGAUCGGGGGACCAAGUUUGGGUUGAACACCCCUGGUGCGAGGAUUGAGAGUAUCUUGAUGAGUUUGCCAGAGGUGGCGAGGUGGGAGUAUAUGUCGGAGUUGGGAGAAGAUGAGAAUUCGGAGGAAGGGAAGUUGGUGAAGGUGUUGAGGAAUCCGAGGGAUUGGGUGUAAGACAGUAAAGACAAAAAACCAAUAUGUAUCAUAGUCGCAUUUGUACGAUAUAACAAACAGCUCCGCCGAUUACCGGA